AUGUCUGUACUACAAUAUAUAACUAGUCAAAGGGGAAAAAAAUUAUUAGUAUACAACAAUUAUAUUCAUAGACAGGACAGACGAGAUGAAAACAAAAUAAUUUGGAGGUGCAAUGGAAAUCAAAAGUGCUCAGGACGGGUCCAUGUAUCACAAAAUGAUAUUGUAUUGAAAUAUGUAGACCAUAGUCAUUUAUCAGACGUUGCUAAAAUUCAAGCAAAGAAAACAGUUGAAGAAAUGAAAACUCUUGCUAAAGAAAACAGUUUAACAACUCGUGCCAUUCUUGGAGAAGGCUCUUCACAGUUACCUGCUGCAGUAUCAGCCCAACUACCGAACCCGAGAUCUUUAAAAAGAACAAUACAGCGAGUACGCCAAAUUAAACAAAUUGCUCCAGCCAACCCAAAUUCUUUACGUUUCGAAAUACCAGAUUCAUUCAAAAAAACAUUAUGUGGAGAGCAGUUUCUUUUUUUUGACAGUGCUGAUUCUGGAAAUUUUGAAGACCGAAUUUUAAUUUUUUCGACAUGGAAAAAUUUAGAACUUUUAACAUAUUCGAAACACUGGUUUGCUGACGGUACAUUUUCAUCAUGUCCCAAUUUAUUUUACCAAUUAUAUACGAUACAUACAAUUCAGUUUUCUAAUGUCAUACCGUUGGUAUAUAUUUUGUUACCGGACAAAAAAGAAAACACUUAUACUACAAUGUUCCGUAAUUUAAAAUUAAUAAAACCAGAUUUAAAUCCAACUUCAAUUUUGAUUGACUUCGAAAAAGCAGUGAUGAAUUCUAUUAAAACCGAAUUUCCUCAAACAAAAAUUCAAGGCUGUUUUUUCCAUUUAAGUCAAGCCUUAUGGAGGCAUAUUCAAGAAUAUGGUUUACAAACUCAAUAUUGUAAUGACCCUGUAUUUGCUCUGGAGUUGAAGAAAUUGGCUGCUCUCGCUUUCGUUCCAAUAGAAAAGGUAAUAGAAUACUUUGAAGGUCUUUUAGAAAAUGAAUUUUAUAGAAAAAAUGAAGAGCUAUUGUCGCCACUAAUAUCUUACUUCGAAUGUACUUGGAUUGGAAGUUUAGACAGGAGAGGAAAACGAAGAUCUCCCUUAUUUGCAAUUGAUCUUUGGAAUUGCUUUAAUCGUUUGAAAAACGAUCUCCCAAGAACCAAUAAUAAUAUUGAAGGUUGGCAUAAUGGGUUUUCUGCUCUUUUAACGUCUUCACAUCCUACUAUAUGGAAAUUUAUUAAUUGUUUAAAAAAAGAAGAGAGUAUUAAUAAGAUGACAACCGAACAGCUUAUUGCUGGAGAUGUACCGCCAAAAAAAUCAAAGUACAAAGAUACAGCAAAAAAAAUUUUACAUCUAUGCGAAGAUUUCGAAAACCGACAACUCAAUGAUUACUUACAAGGAAUAGCUCACAAUUUUAAUUUAAACAAGUGA